AAAAGCGUUUUGACGAUCUUGACUACUCGACAACAAUCAUGGACGACAAGUGCGCGAAAUUGUUUUUUCUAUUGAACAUUUUUGUUGUUGCCCGUUGUCAGUCGCAAUAUAAAGCUUUUGAAAACAUAACUGAUUGUAAAGAAACUGGGCUGUUCUUUCAGUACUACCAAACUUCUUCAUUGAAAUGUUUAAAUUGUCCAGAAGAUAGUACUUCUAUGACUGUUAGUUCUGAUGGUUUAGAUUGUAUUUGCAACCCUGGUUACUAUUAUACAAGAAAUUUUGGAGGUGGAAAAGUGACUUGUGCCAAAUGUCCAGCUAAUGAGGCUAGGUCAGCUGAUGGCUGGGGUUGUGUGAGUUGUGGUACCCUUGGUAUUGUUAAUGGUCAAUGUCUGACAUGUGGAACCAGAAUUACGCCAGUUGAAAGAGAGUUGAAUGGAGUCUCUAAAAACCCAAGAGAAUGCAGACCUUGUACAACAAAUACCUGGUUAAAUUCAGCAGGUACCAGAUGUGUGAGAUGUACAGAUUACUUAAAAACUGCAGGAAACCUUACCACCUGUACUUGUAUUGAUGCUCAGAAGGCUGAUGGUUUAUGCCUUCCAUCUUUGCCUACACUCACUAAUGUCCUCACAACAGUACCACUCACAGAUGGUUUUGCUGCACAAUUCUCAGCGCUUUUAGAUAAACAAUUGAAGGCAUCAUAUCUUAUGUGUCAAGAAAACAAAAAUGAGACGGCAUGUCAGACAUUGGGUAAUAUGUGUGCAUUGACAUUCUUUGAAUAUGAGGAUACUUUACAAAAAACUUCAGCAUGUAACCUGUACAAGAAUAUUAUACGGGAUAAUCUGGCUGACUGGAAAAACUUUUUGCCUGAUAUGUACUUCACACGAGAUGGUUUAAUAGCACAGGAUGGAGAUAGAGUACUUGAUGAUGAGUCUAUUACUACUACCUAUACCUUUGAUCCUCCAAUGAAUAUCAAGAUCUUAGCAGCUACCUAUACACAGAAUGGAGAGUUCCUUGGCAUAGACUCAGUACUGGGGGGCAAAAUUCAGCUAUGCUCAGACACCACUACUCGACUUAAUGCAGCUUUUGUUUUUGGCACAUAUUACUCACAUUCAUGUUCCAUUCCAGCAAUAGAUUUGUGGGAUCAGACCAAAUAUAAACCAGAGUUUUAUGAUCUGUUCCUUGAUUUUGAGCUUGAGGACGGAAGACAAAUUUAUCCUGUACCAAUAAAGCUUAAUGACUACUUGCACAACAGACAGGAGGUAAAUCAAGAAUCUGACAGUAAAGAUUGGCAUUUAGUUAAGAGAUUUUUCCUGGUGGACAAUAUAGCUACAACAGGAGCAGCAACAACAGCUGGUGCCCAGCCAGAAUAUGUUAGAUACAUGAAGUCUAUUAGUAUGAAUCUUAAGUUAGUAGGAAGUACCAGUACAGGCCAGAUUUUCCCACCAUAUAUCUCUAUCACUUACGGAACAGUGUCACUUGUGGAUGCACAGCAGGGAGCAUCAAUAUCGACAUCAUUUUCAGUUGAUUACGAAUAUUCAACUAGCCAAUACAGAAGAGAUUUUCAGAUUUCUGUAGGAACACUGUCAACCCUGAGUAUUAUCUACGCUGGUUACAGGACAUGGGUGUGGUCGAAAAGAGCGGGAAAACCAGCUAUUGACUUUCAGACGAUCAUCAAUUUCUUGUUCUUCGCAUCAGGAUCUUUGGCUAACGUCUUCUUUGUGAUAACAUUUGGUAUAGCAUUUUAUUUCCUGACAUUCUUCAAGGGACAAAAUACCGUUUUCUUGUUCCAUAUCACAGGAUUAGCAGAAAGGGAAUGGCUGGCAUUGUUUGGGUCAGGAUUUGCUUUAAAAUGUCUACAAAUGGCUCACAUGAUCAUCAUGCAGUGUACAGCAGAUGUAUUCCUAAUUGACUGGGAAAGACCAAAACAUGUGGUUGCUACCUCAGAAAAGAAAACAGGAAGUAAUGUCUCUAUUUGGCGUACUUAUUUUGUAGCAAAUGAAUGGAAUGAAAUUCAAACAUUGAGAAAAAUUAAUCAGAUUUUCCAGAUUUUUGCUGUUAUUUUCUUCCUGAAUGUUGUUGGGUUUGAAAAUGUUGCAACAAAAGAUCCAGAUGGCCGAAUCAUUAAAGAUACAACAUCAUACAGGGCUGAAGAUAGUACAAUGUUCAGAUAUGCCAUAGGAGCAUCAGUUUAUAUUUUAGUUGCACUUUGUCAGUGGAUUUUCUUCACAUUGAUAUAUGAGAGAUUUGUAGAAGAUAAAGUUCGACAGUUUGUAGAUCUUUGCUCUAUGAGUAAUAUCAGUGUGUUUGUAAUGGCACAUGCCCAGUUUGGAUAUUACGUCCAUGGUAAAUCAGUGCAUGGGAAAGCUGAUACCAACAUGGGAGAUAUGUUUGAUAUGAUGAGGAGAGAGGAGGAAGAUCUUUGUGGGAAGCGUGGACUUUUACCCGAUACUGACCAACAGACAUUUAUGAUGGCAUUACCACGUAAAUUAAGAGUCAAGUAUGAGACAGUAAUGUUACCUGUUGCUUUAGAGGGAUCUGGUGCUGUAGGAGGUGCGGGGAAAUCGAAAGAAACGAUCAUAAAUACAAAGACUAACGCAUAUAAUGUUGUCAAUAAAUUCCUUGCUGGAUUUGUAGAUCAUUCGUUAAAAGAUAUAGACUAUGUGGUCAAAGACAAAACACUUCUAGAGAGUAUCAUGGACACAGAAUUUUUGGAUGCUUCAGAAAAAGGAAUAUUCUAUAAUGAUGAUGGCCAUUCAUUUGACCGAGCUUUGUUUUAUGGUAAUGAAUCAGCCUUGGUUGUAUUUGACACACUAUUAUUCUGUAUAAUAGAUCUGAUAUUUCAAAACUUUGUUCUGGCUGGUGUGCUCACAUAUCUAAUCACAGAGUUAAUUGCUAUGGCUAGAGACAGUGGAGGAAGAAUGAACCUGGCCAAGAAAACAUUAGUGGACCAAAGAUUUUUAAUAUAAUGUGAAAUCAUUUAGUGCUGUCAUUUACGCAUCAACAUUCCAAAGUCAUAGGUCACAUGAUCCUGCAUCAAUGAACUGUGCCAUUUGAAUAUAAGAGCAACAAUUAUUAACCUGUGCUCGUUUAAUAAUAAAAAACUGAUAUAUGUAUCACAAAAAAUAGAUGGUAUUUAAGAAUGUUUUGUGAUAUAGAGAUAUAUGUAUAUGUAAAUAUAUAACAUGCAUUUAUACAUAUAGAUAGAUACAUAGUAUAUGCAAAAAAAAGGUUUAUGUUUAAGUGGUGCACAGAAUAUAUAUUAAAAAUUGAAUACACAAAAAGAGUUUUAAAAGCAGCAUUGUCUGGUUCUUUCAUUCAUCUUGGGACUUUUCAAGACCAUGAAAAUAUAUAUAUAUAAAUUAUAUGUAUGUGAUUUUACUCAUUAAAUCAAAAUAAAAAACAUAUAAAUAAAAUGAUUAUACAACAGCCAAAGCUAUAAGUGAGUAGAUGUUGUAGAAUUUUCAACAUCCUUUUAUAUUUUGGGAUUAAUUCUGUAAAAAAAACUAUUUUGAAAUUUUAUGGGUUAUUUUCCCUUCACUUUAUGUAAUUAAGUAAGAAUUAACUGAUACAUCUUUUAAAACAAGCUAGCAUUUUUUAAAGUUUAAGUUAUACAUCAUUGUGAAUGAACAGUUAUUGUUUAUAUAUGUGAUAUUACUAUUGUUGUGUUAGAGAUUUAUAGUACCGAAAAGAUUGUCAUAUCAUACUUCACCAUAUCCGUCCAAUAUUUAUUUUAUACAUUUAUACAAUUACAUUUUAUUGUGAAGAUCUGAUUAAUUUGUUGUGUUUUAUAUGUAAUUUUUUUUUAUUGAUUAAUUCAUUUUUCACGAUUUUAAGGGAGGUAUGAAUAAUGCGCCUAAAUGAAUUACUCCUGCUGUGUAAGAUAUAUAUGAUUAUGCUCAAAUAUAUUGCACAUAUUUACCAAAUGACUAGUAACAUUAAGGGCUCUGUUUCACCCAAAAUUUGAGUUAAUUUCUUAAAUCUUAUAUGAAAUAUGAAACAACUAUGUUAACGUUAAACAAAAGAUAUGUUUCAGAGAGGAAGAAAAUUGUAUUUUAGGUUUUGCAAAGGGUAGUUGAUUUUUGAAAGCAAAAGUUAAUUUGAGUGGCUUUUAUUUCUUAUUUUCAAAAUAGAUUGAUAAAAAUGUUUUGAAUUAAGAAAAAGAGCUCUUCGAAAAUGAAAUAGAGGUAAAGUUGGAUCCAUUAUUAUGAUAUAGAACAAUUAUUGUUAGGUUGUGUAAAUAGAAUUUCUUACAUGUGUUAAAUGCAUAUAGAAUUAUAAAUACAUUAAUUUAUUUUAUGAUA